AUGGCCGCGAGGCGUACAAGCCCCAGCGGCGCCGCGCCCGCGCGGGCCGCUGGCGCGAGCGGCGCCGUCCAGGCCGCGCUGCCGUCACCUUUCGCCGACCUUCGCCUCAACUGCACUGGCUGCGGCAGCCUGUUAUGCUACGCCUACAGCAGGAGCAUCCCCGCCAACACCAGCAUCAUCACACGGGCGACACUGACCGCGCCCGCGACCCUGCGCGCCGGCAAACCCGCAUCUUACAACCCGUCGACCAAGGAGGUCCUGGCCUGGGUGUCCAGCCACUUCAACGUCCCGGCCGAAUACUUUCGGGUGGCGAAGCCGACAAAGUAUGGCGAUUACACAGACACCUUCAAAGUUGGCAAGAAAUCGGUAAAGGUCAGGCACGUUCGAAUUGAGCAGGUGCAGAGCUGGAUCAGCAGUUUUAACCCCAACCAAGAUUUCGGCGCUCUCCAAGUCGAGUUUGGCUACAUUUUUGUGCACCUGGAUAAGAACACAGUCCUCGCGGUGACGGGCGGAUACAUCCCCAGCCUGUUUGCGCCCAUCGCAGCGGCGCCGAGCAGCCUCAUAUCUCCCAGUUUCGCCUCAGCUUCCGCUGCCGGCGCCGCACUCGCCGCCGCGCCGGACGCGCCCCCGGCUGUUGCCGCCGCGCUCCGCGCCGCCGCCGCCGGAGACGCGUCAGGCCUGAGUCCUGCCUCGGACGCCGCCAGCGGCGGCAGCGCAGGUCCCAGCGCCAGCGCCGGCGCCGUCAAGUUGGGCGGCAAAUGGAUGGUCAGCUGCUUCGUAUCAGAGUCGGAUACGACACCCAGCUGCGGCCCGGUGUGGGUGCAGAACUUCUUCAUCCCGCCGGGCGGGAAUUCGCAGCCGCGCUCCCUCGACGUAUCCAUCGACGCGUUCACCGGCGACCUGCGCCUCAUCAGGGACAACCUCAGGACCGUCUCCGCGGCGGUCGGCGUCGGCAACAGCCUCUACGCAGGCCAGGUGUCCCUGCCCACCGGCAAGGGGUCCAAGAACGCCGCGGGCGGCCAGUACGAGCUUACAAACCUUAAGUUCAAUAAGAAGGGCCAGACUUUUGACUGGAACAACAACCCUGACAACACCAAUAAUCCAGAUUUCUUCGCUGCAGCCACGCUAUUUCGCAACGCCGACAACACCUGGGGCACUGGCACCACGCUCGCCAACACCAGAGAGGAGAGGCAGACAGCCGCAGUCGACGCCCACUAUGGAGUCGGUCUGACCUACAGGUACUUUUUGCAGGUCCAUGGGCGCAAGGGCCUGGACAACAGGAAUACGCCAAUCAACACGUUUGUCCACUUGGGUGAUGCCCUGGACAACGCUUUCUACAGUGGUGGCCGUACCAACGUGAACGAAUGCGACGGGCUCAUGCCACUCACGCCGCUGGAGAUUGCGGCACACGAGGUCACCCACGGCGUCACCGAGUGA